GUCUGUCGAAGCUUUCCUCCGCGGCCGGCUGAGCCAGCUGAGGCGGGAGAAAAACAUGGCUCGGACCUUGGAAGGCGCGAAGGCUCGAGUUGCGGUGGAGACCAAGGCUCCCGGGGCGUGAGCCAGUGGGUGUUCAAAUUGAGUGACACGAAGGAAGCAUCCCUGUUUGAACACGAUUACUUAUUAAAGAAGUAUCCCCAAAUCUUUCCAGGUCCUGGUAUUUUGGAAGCUACAAGAAAAAAGAUUAAGAGGUUUGUUCUCUUUUGUGGACAUGGCUCAGAUUUCCAACAACAGUGAAUUUAAGCAAUGUUCAUCUUCAUAUCCAGAACCAAUAAGAACCAAAGAUGUGGACAAAGCAGAAGCAUUACAGAUGGAAGCAGAAGCCUUAGCAAAACUGCAGAAGGAUAGACAAAUGACUGACAAUCCAAGAGGCUUUGAGCUGUCUAGCAGCACUAGACAAAGAACACAAGGUUUUAACAAACAGGAUUAUGAUCUCAUGGUAUUUCCUGAAUCGGAUUCCCAAAAAAGAGCAGUAGAUAUUGACGUAGAAAAGCUCACCCAAGCUGAACUUGAGAAGAUAUUGCUGGAUGACAAUUUUGAAACUAGAAAAAACCCUGCAUUGCCAGUUACUCCUGUUCUGAGCCCUUCAUUUUCAGCACAGCUGUAUCAUAGACCUACUGUUCAAAGAGGCCAGUGGCCCCCUGGAUUCUGCGGGCCUUCCACAUACACUUUACCUUCUAGUUAUCCUUCAGCAUACAGUAAACAGGCCACAUUCCAGAAUGGCUUCAGUCCAAGGAUACCCACCUUUCCAUCUACAUUUCCAUCUACAGAGUCUAUAUAUUUAAGACUUCCAGGACAGUCUCCAUAUUUUUCAUAUCCUUUGACACCUGCCACACCAUUUCAUCCACAAGGAAAUUUACCAGUCUAUCGGCCACUAGUCAGUCCUGACAUGGCAAAACUAUUUGACAAAAUAGCAAGUACCUCAGAAUUUUUAAAAAAUGGGAAAGCAAUGACUGAUCUGGAGAUAGCAAACUCGAAAGCUUCAGUCUGCAAUCUACAGCUAUCUCCAAAGUCUGAGGACAUCAAUAAAUUUGAUUGGUUAGAUUUGGAUCCUCUGAGUAAGCCUAAGGUAGACUUUGUAGAAGUGUUAGAACAUAAAGAAGAGAAGAAGAAUCCAGUCUUGCUAGCAGAGGAUCCUUGGGAUGCUGUUCUUCUUGAAGAGAGAUCUCCAACAAGUUGUCACUUAGAAAGAAAGGUGAAUGGAAAAUCCCUUUCUGGGGCAACUGUAACAAGAAGCCAGUCUUUAAUCAUUCGAACAGCUCAACUUACAAAAGCCCAGGGCCAAGUAUCUCAGAAAGACCCAAAUGGGACCAGUAGUUUGCCAACUGGAAGUUCUCUUCUACAAGAAUUUGAAGUACAGAAUGAGGAGGUGGCAGCUUUUUGUCAAUCCAUUAUGAAAUUGAAGACCAAAUUUCCAUAUACCGAUCAGUGCACAAAUCCAGGCUAUUUGUUAAGCCCAGUCACAGUGCAAAGAAACCUGUGUGGAGAAAAUGCCAGUGUGAAGGUCUCCAUUGAAAUUGAAGGCUUUCAACUACCAGUUACUUUUACAUGUGAUGUGAGUUCUACUGUAGAAAUAAUUAUAAUGCAAGCCCUUUGCUGGGUACAUGAUGACUUGAAUCAAGUGGAUAUUGGCAGCUACAUUCUGAAAGUUUGUGGUCAAGAGGAGGUUCUACAGAAUAAUCAUUGCCUUGGAAGUCAUGAACAUAUUCAAAAUUGUCGAAAAUGGGACACAGAGAUUAAAUUACAGCUCUUGGCCUUCAGUGCAAUGUGCCAGAAUCUGGCUCGAACAGCAGAAGAUGAUGAAGCACCCGUGGAUUUAAACAAAUACUUGUGUCAAAUAGAAAAACCUUAUAAAGAAGUCAUGACAAGACACCCUGUUGAAGAACUCUUAGGUUCCUAUCAUGACCAAGCAGAACUGGCUCUUCAAACUGAAAACCAGCACCAAGCUGUUGAUCAAGUGAUUAAAGCAGUAAGAAAAAUCUGUAGUGCUUUAGAUGGGGUGGAGACCCCUGCCAUCACAGAAGCAGUGAAGAAGCUAAAGCGAGCAGUCAACCUUCCAAGGAAUAAAAGUGCUGAUGUGACUUCGUUAUCUGGAGGAGAUGCUAUCAAGAACUCAACUAGGGGGUCACUGAAUCCUGAAAAUCCUGUUCAAGUAAGCAUGGAUCACUUAACGGCAGCAAUUUAUGAUCUUCUCAGGCUCCAUGCAAAUUCUAGUAAGAGUUCUACAGGCUGUCCCCAAGGUAUCAGGAACGUCAAGGAAGCAUGGACUGCAACAGAGCAGCUCCAGUUCACUGUCUAUGCCGCACAUGGAAUUUCCAGCAGCUGGGUGUCAAAUUAUGAAAAAUACUACUUGAUAUGUUCCCUGUCUCACAAUGGGAAGGAUCUUUUUAAACCUAUUCAGUCAAAGAAGGUUGGCACGUACAAGAAUUUCUUCUAUCUUGUUAAAUGGGAUGAACUAAUCAUUUUUCCUAUCCAGAUAUCACAGUUGCCAUUAGAAUCAAUUCUUCAUCUUACUCUGUUUGGAGUUCUAAAUCAGAGCAGUGGAAGUUCCCCUGAUUCUAAUAAACAGAGAAAGGGGCCAGAAGCUCUGGGCAAAGUUUCUUUAUCUCUAUUUGACUUUAAACGGUUUUUAACAUGUGGAACUAAGCUUCUCUACCUUUGGACUUCAUCACAUACAAAUUCUAUUCCUGGAGCAAUCCCCAAAAACAGCUAUGUCAUGGAAAGAAUUGUACUGCAGGUUGAUUUUCCUUCUCCUGCAUUUGACAUUAUUUAUACAUCUCCUCAAAUUGAUAGAAACAUUAUACAGCAAUACAAGUUGGAAACACUGGAGAAUGAUAUAAAGGGGAAACUGCUGGAUAUUAUUCACAGAGAUUCGUCAUUUGGACUUUCAAAAGAAGAUAAGGUCUUUUUGUGGGAAAAACGCUAUUAUUGCCUAAAACAUCCAAAUUGUCUUCCAAAGAUACUAGCAAGUGCUCCUAACUGGAAGUGGGCUAAUCUUGCCAAGACUUACUCAUUGCUGCACCAGUGGCCACCAUUGUGCCCACUAGCUGCAUUGGAGCUUCUUGACGCAAAAUUUGCUGAUCAAGAAGUGCGAUCGCUAGCUGUGAGCUGGAUAGAGGCCAUUAGUGAUGAUGAGCUAGCAGAUCUUCUCCCACAGUUUGUACAGGCUUUGAAAUAUGAAAUUUAUUUGAAUAGUUCACUAGUGCGCUUCCUUCUGUCCAGGGCAUUGGGAAACAUCCAGAUAGCACACAGUUUGUAUUGGCUUCUCAAGGAUGCUUUGCAUGAUACACACUUUGGAAGCAGAUAUGAACAUGUGUUGGGUGCGCUCCUCUCUGUAGGAGGAAAGGGACUCAGAGAAGAGCUUUCUAAGCAGAUGAAACUUGUACAGCUUUUAGGAGGAGUGGCAGAAAAAGUAAGGCAGGCUAGUGGAUCAACCAGACAGGUGGUCCUCCAGAAGAGUAUGGAACAGUCAUGUUCGUUCUUCAGUUCUAAUGCUAUGCCUCUGAAAGUCACAAUGGUAAAUGCUGAUCCUCUGGGGGAAGAAAUUAAUGUCAUGUUUAAGGUUGGUGAAGAUCUUCGGCAAGAUAUGUUAGCUUUACAGAUGAUAAAGAUUAUGGAUAAGAUCUGGCUUAGAGAGGGGCUGGAUCUGAGGAUGGUGAUAUUCAAAUGCCUGUCAACUGGCCGAGAUCGAGGCAUGGUGGAGCUAGUUCCUGCUUCAGAUACCCUCAGGAAAAUCCAAGUAGAAUAUGGUGUAACAGGAUCCUUUAAAGAUAAGCCACUUGCUGAGUGGCUGAGGAAAUACAAUCCUUCUGAAGAAGAAUAUGAAAAGGCUUCUGAAAACUUUAUCUACUCUUGUGCUGGGUGCUGUGUAGCCACCUAUGUUUUAGGCAUUUGUGAUCGGCACAAUGACAAUAUAAUGCUUCGAAGCACAGGACACAUGUUCCACAUUGACUUUGGAAAGUUUUUAGGCCAUGCACAGAUGUUUGGUAGCUUCAAAAGGGACCGAGCUCCUUUCGUGCUUACCUCUGACAUGGCAUAUGUCAUUAAUGGAGGGGAAAAGCCCACCAUUCGUUUCCAGUUGUUUGUGGACCUCUGCUGUCAAGCCUACAACUUGAUAAGAAAGCAAACGAACCUCUUUCUUAACCUUCUCUCACUGAUGAUUCCUUCAGGAUUGCCAGAACUUACAAGUAUUCAGGAUUUGAAAUAUGUUAGAGAUGCACUUCAGCCCCAAACUACAGAUGCUGAAGCUACUAUUUUCUUCACUAGGCUGAUUGAGUCAAGUUUGGGAAGCAUUGCCACAAAGUUUAAUUUCUUCAUUCAUAACCUUGCUCAGCUACGUUUUUCUGGCCUUCCUUCUAAUGAUGAGCCCAUCCUUUCAUUCUCACCAAAAACAUACUCCUUUAGACAAGACGGCUGGAUCAAGGAAGUCUCUGUUUUCACAUAUCAUAAGAAAUACAACCCAGAUAAACACUAUAUUUAUGUGGUUCGAAUUCUGAGAGAAGGGCACCUUGAACCAUCGUUUGUAUUCCGGACAUUUGAUGAGUUUCAGGAACUUCACAAUAAGCUCAGUAUUAUUUUUCCACUUUGGAAAUUACCUGGCUUUCCUAAUAGAAUGGUUCUUGGAAGAACACACAUAAAAGAUGUAGCAGCCAAGAGGAAAAUUGAAUUAAACAGUUAUUUACAGAGUUUGAUGAAUGCAUCAACAGAUGUAGCAGAGUGUGAUCUUGUUUGUACUUUUUUCCACCCCUUACUUCGUGAUGAGAAAGCUGAAGGAAUAGACAGAUCUGCAGGUGCAGUUCCCUUCAGCCCUACUCUAGGCCAAAUAGGAGGAGCAGUGAAGUUAUCUGUUUCUUACCGAAAUGGCACCCUCUUCAUCAUGGUGAUGCACAUCAAAGAUCUCGUGACUGAAGAUGGGGCUGACCCAAAUCCAUAUGUCAAAACAUACCUGCUUCCAGAUACCCACAAAACAUCAAAACGUAAAACCAAAGUUUCACGUAAAACUAGGAACCCAACUUUCAAUGAAAUGCUUGUAUAUAGUGGAUACAGCAAAGAAACUCUGAGACAGAGAGAACUUCAACUGAGUGUACUCAGUGCAGAAUCUCUGCGGGAAAAUUUCUUCUUGGGUGGAAUAACCCUGCCACUGAAAGAUUUCAACUUGAGCAAAGAGACAGUUAAGUGGUAUCAGCUGACUGCAGCAACAUACCUAUAAACCUCCGACUUCUGAGCUUUGGAAGCAAGGAGUAAUAAAUGUAUACACAUGUGUGUAUGUGUGUGUAUACACAUACUUGGAAACUUUGUAUAAUUUCAUACUUGGGCAGAAAUUAUAAACUUAACAUGCUGGACCAACUGUCAGUCACAUAACUAACUUUUAUAUAUUUUGGGAAGCCAUUGCUGUUUCAACGUCAUUUUGUUGAAUGCUACCAAUCCCAAACUUAGUACAUACUAAGUCCUGAAAAAAGAUUUUGACAUAAUACUGUGUCAUUUCAGCCACCUUGUACUCUUCCUACACAGACACAGCAAAUUGUUUGUUAUGCACCUCACAGCCUUUACCACUGUGUAUGUUCACAGACACCAAAGGAAAGAUGCAGCUGCUACUCAACAGGCUGAAAAGCAAAGCACAAAUAGUGGUCAGAAUGCUAAGAACUACUAAGUAGUUUAUAGAAGUAGGAAAAAAAAUACUAUUUUUAUUCAUUGUAAAGCCUUUUCAGAGUAAGUGCCAGUCACUGAAGUUGUAAAGAAUGGUGCCUUACUUAACUAUAUGCUUCACUGGCACUUCAUUGCUGAUUAAAGAGCAAGUUGUUUUCAUUCAUUUUCCCCUUACUGAGGACAAAAUGUCAUGUACAUUUACUAAUGGUUUCCCUACAAAAAAUACUAUUUUCUCUACUUCUGAUUGUGACUUUAUUAUUUUCACUAUUAAGCUAUUUGACUUAAUGUUUAUUGCCCAGUAACUGAAUGAGAUUCAUUGAUAUAGUUGUGUUCUAAAUUCUAUCAUUCCAUUAUAACUUGUAAGGAUGUGAACUGAAAUUUGAGUUUCACUUCCAUGUAUUUAUACUUACUCCCUUAUUAAACAAGUGGAAAUUGUUUGGUAAGAUGCCCAGGCAAGAUAAGAGGUUAGGGUCCUGAAAUUUUAAUUUAGACAUUUAUGGAAGGUGUUGUGUAAACUGUCCUGUAUGUAAACCAUUGUACAUUCACAUGAAAGAAUUAUUUUCUGUAAUACAAUGAAAUUCAGAAUUUCAAGAGAGAAGUUUGAAGUUACUAUGGAAGUAGCCAUUAAAAAUAAGGUUCAUUUUUCCCAUUUCAGACAUAAUUUUGUUUAGUUUUGGUAAACAUGUAUAUAUAAUAAAUUUCUUGGUUAGAAGUUCAAAUAUUUUUAGAAUGGUAAUAGAGAUGUAGCAAAUUUGGUAGUUAAGAGAAAACUGAAACUACUUAAUGAAGAGUACCAAGAGAGGACAAUCUGAUUCAGUUUGCCAGAAUAAAAUUUUUAUGAAGUAUACAAAGUGAUUAACAGAAAUGAUGAUGCUUACAGAGUUAAAUUACGAGUUAAGGGUGUUAUCAUUGGAAUACAUUUUUUAAAAAUCAAAACUUGAAAUAUUUGGUGCCUAACACUAUGGUCCAUUUGUAGGGAAACCUAUAUAUGAGUGUGGUAUGUGAAUGUUUUUUAUUAAAGUGUGUUGUCUACUUGAUAAUUAAAAUGAAGAUCAAAGCACCGUUGUUUGCUUCUUCUACAAUUAACAUUUCCUUAAAUUGUUUUUCAGAUGUAAGUAGCACUAGAAUUUUUUUUUCUUUUGAGAGAGACCUAAUUCCAUUCCAUGUGUCACCUAGCUACUUUAAAAAAAAAAAAAAAAAUGCUGUUUGUAAAAGGUGGUUAUUGACUGAACUUGUGGACCUUUUUGUGAUCCAUUACAGUGUAUCUUAGCAGAAACAGAACUAGAAAAUGUAAUGUCACUUUUCAGUGACAAGAAAUCUGAUUAAUAUCUAAAAGUAUAUAUUAUCAUUAAUACUGUAUAGUUAACAAGAAUUCAGAAGAUAAUAUUGUCUCUUAAUUUAACUCAAUUUGUGCCUUCUUUGGUCAUUAGAAUACAUAUAUUUUAAUAUAAGUUAUUUCUUUGUAAAAUGCUAAUCUUCAGCCCAUACCAAAAAACAGUGAUAGGGAGGAGAAAGUAGCCUCUUUGCACUACAACUGCAGUCAAUUUAAUCAGCUGGCUUUCUAAACGCUUUUUUAACAGUUACCUUAAAAUAAAUUUGAAAAACAAAACUCUAAACAAACAGACCAAGACACUAAUUUUUAUGUAUAUCAUAUUUAUAACUACCUUCAUCAAGUAAAAAUAAUUCUGCUACAUACAAGUCCUGUGCCAGAAUUCUUUGUUCUUGCCAGUGCUCUAGGAUCUGAAGAUGGUGGUUUAUCCCAAGAACCUGUUUUCUCUGAGGAAUCCAAUGAGAAUUGGCACCAAUGCUUUUUAUUACUGUGUUAAUGUGAGUCGUUAAAGUAUGUGUAUCUUUUUUAAGUACUCUUUUUUUUUUCAAAUUAAAGUUGUAUAUAAAGUUCAAAAUCUUGCCUUAAAUUGUUUAAUUCUUUCUAAGACUCAUGAAUUGUAACAUUUAAAAAAUUCACUUUUGAUAACUCAGAUUUUUAAAAAAAAAAAACACUGAAGCCCUGCUAUUAUGAUAUACAUUUACUUAUAUGCUGUUCACUAGCAAUGCAAAUAUGGAUGUGAUUACUAGUGUCACCUGUAAGAACAAAAUGCUUUAAUUAUAUCAGCCUAGUGAGUUAAGAUGUAUAAUGUUUUUAUUAAUACUUGGAAUAUAUUCAAUGAAUUGAAUGUGACUUCAUAACUAUACUACAAUUAAAAUAUUUCUGAAA